AGAGCAGAGAGAGGGACAGAGAGCGAGCGAAAGAAAGGGGCAGGACGGAGACACGAAAACAGCUAGCGAGAGUCUAAAUAUCUUUUCAAACCACAUUACUUCUUGUUUGGUCUGUUGACUGCGCUAUUAGACAUGGCAUCUUGUCUUUGUAAAAGUUUAAAACUCUUGAGGUAAUCAUAGGUUGGGGGAUUACUGGUUUGGCAUCGGGAAGUUGUUUCUUCUCUUCUUCGUACCAGCUCGCUGUAAACAUUCUGCCUAUUGUGUUUGCUACUGGUUCGCGAGGAAGAAGGAGUUUUUGUCGUCGUCCCCUCUGCUGGAUUUGUUGCGGGACAGAGAGAGAUGAGUGACAGGAGAAGAUCUGCCGCCGCGCUAAGCUCGAGAGCGCACGCCUUCUCCGUGGAAGCCCUGAUCGGGACGAACAAGAAGCGGAAGCUCCGGGGCUGGGAGGAGAAGGAGCUCGAGCUCUCCAUGGAGAGCCUCGCGACCAACGGACAAUUAGGAGACGGUGACGACCCUGCCCAUUGUCUGGAUAUUGACCCCGAUUCAGAGGCCAGUCCCGGCUCAGACGGCGAGGGUCUGGCCGAGCGGACGUCCUGCUCCUUCGGCUCCCCUGCGGACUUGGCCCCCGCCGGCUGCGACCCCUCGCCCUCUGCAUCCAUGGAGGAAAUCCAGAUGGAACUGCAGUGCGCUGACCUCUGGAAGCGCUUUCACGACAUUGGCACGGAAAUGAUCAUCACCAAAGCUGGAAGGAGGAUGUUCCCUGCCAUGCGGGUGAAGAUAGUGGGUCUGGACCCCCAUCAGCAGUACUACAUCGCCAUGGAUAUAGUGCCCGUCGACAACAAGAGAUACAGGUACGUGUACCACAGCUCCAAGUGGAUGGUGGCGGGGAACGCGGACUCCCCCGUGCCCCCUCGGGUCUACAUCCACCCGGACUCACUGGCGUCCGGCGACACCUGGAUGAGGCAGGUGGUCAGCUUCGACAAGCUCAAGCUCACCAACAACGAGCUGGACGACCAGGGGCAUGUAAGCGAACAUAUCAUCCUCCACUCCAUGCAUAAGUACCAGCCCCGCGUGCAUGUGAUCCGUAAGGACUUCAGCAGUGACCUGUCCCCCACCAAGCCGGUGCCCACCGGGGAGGGAGUCAAAACCUUCAGCUUCCCUGAGACCGUCUUCACCACCGUCACUGCCUACCAGAACCAACAGAUCACUCGACUGAAGAUCGAUCGUAAUCCGUUUGCAAAGGGCUUCCGUGACUCUGGGAGAAACAGGACUGGCUUAGAGGCCAUUAUGGAGACCUAUGCAUUCUGGAGACCACCUGUCAGAACUCUUACCUUUGAGGACUUCACCAAUAUGCAAAAGCAACAAGGAGGCAGCACGGGCACGUCCCCCACCACCUCCAGCACGGGCACCCCGUCCCCGUCGGGCGCGGCCCACCUGCUCAGCCCGUCCUGCUCCCCGCCCACCUUCCACUUGGCGCCCAACACCUUCAACGUGGGCUGCCGCGAGAGCCAGCUCUGCAACCUGGGCCUGUCCGAGUACCCGCCGGCCUGCGCGCGCAGCAACAUGAACAUGGCCGCCCUGCAGGCCGGCUACGGAGGGCUGGCCGAUGCCGGCUCGUACGGACGCCUCCAGUCGGGGGCCAGCGCUGCAGCUGCGGCCGCCGCCCAGGCAGCGGGGGGAGGGCCCGGCGACGCCUUCCUGCCCCAGAGGACUUCCUCCCUAAUCGGGAUGCAGGGCGGGGCCAUGGGAGGCGCGGGCGGUGGCGGCGGGGGUGGCGGAGGCGGCGGUGGAAGCCUCGGCGGUAGCGGUCAGGGAGCCAAGAUGGACGCCUACGGUGGUUUCCCGGCCUCGCAGCUGCAGUACGUGAUGGGGGCUGGCUCUGCUGCCGCCGCGUCCGGCUCUUCCUCCUCCUCCUCCCCGCCCGGCUCCUCCCCAUCCUCCCACAUGUUUGCAGCAGGCGGCCACCACCACGUGCAGCAGGGCUCCUACGCCAACGCCUUCUCCCUGCACAACCCUUACAACCUCUACGGGUACAACUUCCCCACCUCGCCACGCCUGGCCGCCAGCCCCGAGAAGGCCCAGGGCGGCCUGCUGUGCUCCUCCUCGGGGGCCGGGGCGUUCGGCGAGCGCCAGUAUCUCCCCGGCGGCAGCAUGGAGAGCAUGCACAUGAUCGGCAAUCCCGCCGGCGGCCAGCAGGGCGGCGGUAGCUGCGAUGGCCGUCAGUACGGCUCGUCCUCCCAGAUGUCCAUGCACAUGGUGUAAGAGCAAGCGUCCUGAGGGGAGAGUGAACGAACGAAUGAGAGAGAGAGAGACGAAGAUGGAAGAAGAGAAGUACAUAGAUACAAAAUGGAGGAGAGGAGUGAUGAGUUGUGCAUUCUUUCUCCUCCCUCAGUCGAAUGGGUUGUCAAAUGUUUCGGAAGGACUGCUGCCACUUUGACAACACCCCAUAACCCCAUCCACCCCCUUGUUGGCAUACACACUUACAUUACUAUCCCUCUACCUUCCCGCCUCCGCCCCCUUCUUGGCACUUCUGAUGUUCAACAAAUGCACCGAUGAAGACUUUGCCUCCCUUCUUAAUGCAGUCUUCAUCUCCAACAGACACACACGGGUGGACUUACGGAUAUCAAGGGACAUGAAGGACAUUGCUGUGGUUUUUGUGUUUUUUUUUAGAUGGUCAAACUCUUAAGCAAAGAGUAUUGACUGGUUGUUUGUAUACAAAAAGGUUGAGAGGGGAAAAUAACUGACCUUUCAAAAGCGAAAAAAAUGGACAUGUACCAAAAAAUCAUCUCAGUACAUUCAUGUAUGUGUUACACUUUUACUCAGCGGGACAUGUUGGCAUGUUGCGAUUGAGAAAGUGGUAUUUAAAUAGCUCUUAUAUAAUAAAUAUAUAUAUAAAAUGGUGUUGGAAUAACAGAUGGAUUAUGUGCAAGCUCUUAUGAACUGUAGCCCUCAACUCACUCCAUCCCACCGCAAAUUUUGCAACUGAACUUUAAUGAGCUCUUACACCUGAACUUACAGUACGUUGUGAAGUGGGUACAACUCGAAGGAGAACCCGCUUAAGGAUGCUACGGAGAUCCAGGGAGAGAUGCUCGUUACUUCUUCUGCUCUGUGGGCGGGGAUUAACCUAGUGGUUAGCCCAUGGCCCUCUAACGGUGCAAUAGACAAGAUGCUCACUCCCCACAGCAACGGCAUUUGAAGGACAAACACCCUGAGCACAACUCUUUCUCUUUCUCUCUCCUCGCGCUCCUCUGCUGAUCUAUCAAAGACAGACAGAGGGACGGAGAGAGAGUGCAAUGGAAAGGCGUGAGAAAAAGAGGAAAGAGAAAGUGGGACCGAUCCAAGACCUACAGUAUGUCUGCCCGAAAGUGUACGACCCUAAAAGCAAUGUUGUUGUUGUUUUUUUAGUACUUAAACGCAGCCCUGACUGAACACUGGCCAGUGCUCUUUUGAUGCAGUCUGUUACGCUUUUUUGGAAAGAGUAAGAAUCAAGUGAUGAAGAGGGAAAAAUGGAAGAGAAAGAGAGUUAGAGGGAGAGAGAGGGGUGGGGAAUGAGUUCUGCGUGGGGUAUCCCAGUGUUCGACCACAGAAGCAGUCAUAGACAGUUACAGAUGCUUGAAUGGCCUCUAAACAGCCAUGACACUAAUGGGUCACCUUGGAGCUUAGGCACAGAGUACAACGCAGCACAGCACAGCACAGCACAGCACAGCACACAGCCUUUGUGGUGGAGGAGUGAUGGAGAAAAAAAAGAAAUGAAUAAUAAGGAAGAAGGGUUGAAAUGAAAAGAAGGUGACAAUGCAGAGGUUUGCCUUUAGAAUCAUCUGGUGCCUUCAGGAUUUCCCAGGAGAAACGGAAUGUGUACUUGUCAAUGUGUUUUUGAGUGGACGGUCUUUUUAAAGCAUAUUUACCAGUGAUGAAUGCACGCAAAAAAAAAAUCAGUAUGUUUUCAAGUUGUUGUGUGAAGAACAAAAUGUAUGGAUUAGUUGGGAAAAAUACAGAGUUAUAAUGUUUUGGUUUGUUGUAGAUAAAUGUAUUUAAGUGCCAAGCAAUAAUACGAUUAUAUGGCCAGUGUUUUGGUGAAGUUAAAAAAGAAUAUUACUUAAAAAAAAACAAUACAUCAUGAAGGAAAGGGGUGAGAAAAAGUAAAACUAUUUUCAGAGGCCUUUAAAGAACUGUAAAUACAAGUGCCAAGCACAAAGUUCAAUAAAC